UAUUCAUAUGUUCAGAAUGGUGAGGCAUUGAAAUAAAUUGUGCUUCGGCUUCCUCUCUCUCUCUCUCUUUCUGUUUUGUAUUGACAUGAAGAGAUUCAUUUUCCAUUGACAGAAGAAGUUUCGAAUAAAUACACCAUGUUGUGUUACGACACAAGAGGACAACUCCAAUGUAUACAAACACUACCCUUCUUUCCAAAACAAACAACUGCACAAAUACAUUCUUCAAAAAUGGCUUCUUCUACUUUUCUUCGCAACAAACUUUCUCUUCUAUCAUUUUUUGUUUUUUUUCUUGUUGCUUCUUCUUCACUUAGCCCUGUUCAGUCAGUGUCCACUCUCUCAGAUUCCGGUCACCGGAUACCGGCGAACCAAACUUUCCGGCCUAGUAAGGAGACUCUAAAGCUUAGGAGAAUCACUGCCUAUCUGAAGAAAGUCAACAAGCCUGCAGUGAAGACAAUUCAGAGCCCUGAUGGCGAUGUGAUAGAUUGUGUUUUAUCUCAUCUUCAACCAGCUUUUGACCAUCCGGAGCUUAAAGGACAGAAGCCAUUGGAUCCACCAGAAAGGCCAAAAGGCCAUGAGACGACACAAACAAUAACUGAGACUGAGACCUUUCAGCUAUGGACAAUUUCAGGUGAAUCAUGCCCAGAAGGAACUGUUCCUAUCAGAAGAACCACUGAGAAAGAUGUUUUAAGAGCAAGUUCCAUUAAAAGAUUUGGAAGAAAAUUAAGGAGACAUGUAAGGAGAGACUCAACAGGCAAUGGCCAUGAGCAUGCAGUCGUAUUCGUAAAUGGGGAACAAUAUUAUGGAGCUAAGGCCAGUCUAAGUGUGUGGUCACCACGCGUUAAUGAUGCUUAUGAAUUCAGCUUGUCACAAAUAUGGAUCAUCUCUGGUUCGUUUGGCCAUGAUCUCAACACCAUUGAAGCCGGUUGGCAGGUUAGCCCAGAAUUAUAUGGAGAUAACUAUCCUAGAUUCUUCACUUAUUGGACUACUGAUGCAUACCAAGCCACUGGAUGCUACAAUUUACUCUGCUCUGGCUUUGUCCAAACCAACAACAAGAUUGCAAUUGGAGCAGCAAUUUCUCCAAGAUCGUCCUACAAUGGAAGACAAUUUGAUAUUGGUUUUAUGAUUUGGAAGGAUCCAAAGCAUGGACACUGGUGGCUAGAGUUCGGGUCAGGGCUGUUAGUUGGAUAUUGGCCUUCAUUUUUGUUUAGUCAUUUGAGAAGCCAUGCGAGCAUGGUUCAAUUUGGAGGAGAAAUAGUGAACUUAAGAUCAUCUGGUUACCAUACUGGUACACAAAUGGGUAGUGGCCAUUUUGCAGAAGAAGGAUUCGGAAAAGCAUCUUAUUUCAGAAACUUGCAGGGUGUUGACUGGGAUAAUAAUUUGAUUCCCUUAGCAAAUCUUCACCUCUUGGCCGAUCAUCCAAAUUGUUAUGAUAUAAGACAAGGUAGAAAUAAUGUAUGGGGAACUUACUUUUAUUAUGGAGGUCCUGGUAGGAAUGUUAGGUGUCCAUGAAAAUCAUAUAUAUAUAGGUAAAGAUAAGCUUGAUUUUUCUUCAUUUUUUUUACUUUUUUUUUUUUUUUUUAUGGGUAUUUCUCCAAUUUCCCUUUAGAAGAAAAAAAAGAAAGGUUUUCUCACAGGAUGAUCAUCAUCCUCAUCACUACCCCAUUAUGAUUAUGUAAAUUUAAUAAUCAUAAAAGAUUGUUAAUAGCAUUGGGUUUUGUGGACACUUGUCUCUUCUCUACACUUUUCAGCAUAUUCAUA